UUGAAUUCUGGUAUGGUUUCAGGCGUAUGUAUUGGCUUUACCACAGAGGGAAGUAGAGGGCCAUGUUCACAGCACUAUGGUGUAUGCCUAUGUGCUUCUACUACUGAUGGGUUUUAGCAUGGCCGUCUUAAUUUGUGCAUUUGUGUACUUCAUUGUUGGAGCGGCCCAAAACGAGAUACGCUUGCGCGUUAGACUCAUAAAACAAAUGGAAGCGACUCAACAGGCUGAGAAGAAGAGUUUGAACAAGAGCCUCGCCUUCGCAACUGCAAGCCACGAUAUCCGUGCUUUGCUUGCAGGGAUCACUGGUUUGGUAGAGAUGUGUCACGAUGAAGUCCCUCCCGGAUCAGAGUUGGACACAAACUUGACGCAAGUAGGGAGUUGUACAAAAGAUCUUCUGGGUAUUUUGAAUUCUAUUAUGGAUGCAAGUAAAAUUGAAGCUGGCAAAAUGCAGCUUGAGGAAGAGGAGUUUGAUUUGGCUCAACUGCUAGAAGAUGUAGUUGAUCUGUACCAUCCUGUUGGGAUGAAAAAGGGGGUAGAUGUGGUGUUGGAUCCUUGUGAUGGUUCUGUCUCGAAAAAGGUCAAAGGUGAUCGGACUAAACUUAAACAAAUAUUGUCCAACUUACUAAGCAAUGCGGUCAAAUUUACUUCUGAGGGACAUGUAGCUGUUCGAGCUUGGGCUAGGACGCCAAGCCCGAGCAAUACAAUAUUCUCUUCCAGCCCCAACAGCUCUUUGCAUUGCAUUUCAUGCUUAUUUCCCAAGAAUGAUGAUGCAUACAGUGGCUUCGAAUCUAUGAAGAGCAUCCAUGAAAAUUUGAACUGCGUGGAAGUUGUUUUCGAGGUGGAUGAUACAGGACUAGGAAUUCCGAAAGAGAAGCAAAAUGCUGUGUUUGAAAACUAUGUUCAGGUCAGAAAGACUGCUCCUUCCCAAGAAGGCACUGGCCUAGGCCUUGGUAUUGUUCAAUCUCUGGUACGUCUAAUGGGUGGCGAAAUAGGAAUUGUGGACAAGGAAAUUGGUGAAAAGGGGACCUGCUUCAGGUUUAACAUCUUCCUCACUACAUGUGAGACUGAACCAAGUGGUGAUGCAAGAGAAGAAGAUAUCGAGUCAAAUUAUGGUUCUGUAUCUGGUGAUUUGAUCCAACAACAUUCAGGGCCCAGCACAUGCACCUGCACCCCUAAGAGGGAGGAAUCUCGUGUUGUACUCUUUAUUCAAAGCGAAAUUCGACAGAGAAUUUCACAGAAAUUCAUGGAGAGGCUAGGAAUAAAAGUGUCGACUGUGAAAGAAUGGGAGCAACUUCCUCGGACCCUAAAGAAUAUCAAACAGAAGUUGAAUAAUUUCUACCAUAGCGCUUCAAGUAGAUCUGAAACAAGUUCGAGGAGUGAUCGAGUCUUUAGCCCCAGCACGAGAGCAAAGGGCAUCCCGUUGAGUACUUUUGAUGGGACGGAUCCAAUACCAACUCCUUACAGGAGGACUAAUCUGAAAGGUGUCCCAAAUUUCAUAUUAAUUGUAAUUGAUAUCAAUGCAGGUCCCUUUCGAGAACUAAGUAAGGCUGUGGCUGAGUUUAGAAGAGACCUUCACAAUACUUGUUGCAGGAUUGUUUGGAUAGAUAAACCAGGCGCUCACAAUGUCCACUCAAAAGGCCUGUACGAGGACAAGCUCCCCCCUACUGAUAUGGUCAUAUCCAAGCCCCUUCACGGCUCUUGCCUAUACCAGUUGAUCGGAAUGCUGCCCGAGUUUGGAGGUGCAUUACCUGAUAUUUCAUCUGGAAAAAGGAGACAAAGUACAUAUCAGCUUGAAAACAUGUCUUCAAAAUCAUACCAUUCAACGAGCCAGGCGCAUUGGGGGACAAAGUCAAGGAAUAGUAUUGCUGCCCAAUUUCAUAUCCAACAGGGAGAGACACAAGAACAUGGCAGCCCAAGCAGGGAGAAACCCGCAAGCUGGAAGGAGGCUUUGGUUUCUUACCCCAACCUCGGGGUACAAGCGGGAAGAAUACAAGAACAUGGUAGCACGAGCAGUGAGAACCUCUUGAAUGGGAUGAGAUUCUUGGUUGCAGAGGAUGAUGGAGUGACAAGGAAGGUGACCAAGUAUAGAGUUUCCCUGCUUGGUGCUCACGUGGAUUUAUGUGAGAAUGGCAAAGAAGCUAUAGAAUUAGUCUGCAAAGGUUUACGUGGUCACAGGAAAGACGGAGCUACUACAGCCUCUCUUCCUUAUGACUGUAUUUUGAUGGACUGCGAGAUGCCUGUGGUGGAUGGUUUCGAAGCCACAAGAAGGAUACGGGAGGAAGAGAAGUACUACGGCGUCCAUAUACCGAUCAUAGCAUUAACUGCACAUACAACACUUGAAGUUGAGGAAACAAAGAGGAUAAGGCAGGCUGGGAUGGAUUUUCAAUUGGCUAAGCCACUGGACCAGGGUCAGCUUAUGGAAGCUAUCGUAUACAUCAAUAAUAGCAAAUUAGCAAUCAACUAACAUACAUUGAUACUUGAUAGUGUUUCUCUCUCGUGUUCCCCCGUACUUACCUUGCGCACUUCCUUAUGUGCAUUAGAUGCACUUUAUUUUGUAACUAUAUUUGGAUACCAUUUGAUAAUUUGAACA